ACUAUUCAGCAAGGAAUGGAGGUGAAGGAAGAGAAAGGAGCUGGAGGAGGGAAUGAUAUUCAGUGGUGUUUUUCUCAGGUGAAAGGAGCAGUAGAUGAUGAUGUAGCAGAAGAAGGAAUCUCAACUCUUCAGUGGCCUGUAUUAAGAGAGGAAACCAAAAUAGCAGACAUAAUUUCUACAGUAGAAUUUAAUCAUUCUGGAGAAUUGCUAGCAACAGGAGAUAAAGGUGGUAGAGUCGUCAUCUUCCAACAGGAGCAGGAGAACAAAAUCCAGUCUCAUAGCAGAGGAGAAUAUAAUGUUUACAGCACCUUUCAGAGCCAUGAACCAGAGUUUGACUACUUGAAAAGUUUAGAAAUAGAAGAAAAAAUCAACAAAAUCAGGUGGUUACCCCAGAAAAAUGCUGCUCAGUUUUUAUUGUCUACGAAUGAUAAAACAAUAAAGUUAUGGAAAAUCAGUGAAAGGGACAAAAGGCCAGAAGGGUAUAACUUGAAAGAAGAAGAUGGAAGGUAUAGAGAUCCUACUACAGUUACUACACUACGAGUGCCAGUCUUUAGGCCCAUGGAUCUAAUGGUUGAGGCCAGUCCACGAAGAAUAUUUGCCAAUGCUCAUACAUACCAUAUCAACUCAAUUUCUAUUAAUAGUGAUUAUGAAACAUACUUAUCAGCAGAUGAUUUGCGGAUUAAUCUUUGGCAUCUGGAAAUUACAGACAGGAGUUUUAAUAUUGUGGAUAUCAAGCCUGCCAAUAUGGAAGAGUUGACAGAGGUGAUCACGGCAGCGGAGUUCCACCCAAACAGCUGUAACACGUUUGUGUAUAGCAGCAGUAAAGGAACUAUUCGGUUAUGUGACAUGAGGACAUCUGCCCUCUGCGAUAGGCAUUCGAAACUGUUUGAAGAACCUGAAGAUCCCAGUAACAGGUCUUUCUUUUCUGAAAUCAUCUCCUCUAUUUCUGAUGUAAAAUUCAGCCAUAGUGGUCGGUAUAUGAUGACUAGAGACUAUUUAUCAGUCAAAAUUUGGGACUUAAAUAUGGAAAACAGGCCUGUGGAAACAUACCAGGUGCACGAAUACCUCAGAAGUAAACUUUGUUCACUGUAUGAAAAUGAUUGCAUAUUUGACAAAUUCGAGUGUUGUUGGAAUGGAUCUGACAGUGUUGUCAUGACCGGAUCCUACAAUAAUUUCUUCAGAAUGUUUGACAGGAACACAAAGCGAGACAUAACCCUAGAAGCAUCACGGGAAAACAAUAAACCUCGCACAGUUCUGAAGCCCCGCAAAGUCUGUGCAAGUGGCAAGAGAAAGAAGGAUGAAAUAAGUGUUGACAGCCUAGACUUCAACAAGAAAAUACUUCAUACAGCCUGGCACCCUAAGGAGAACAUCAUUGCUGUAGCUACUACAAACAAUCUGUAUAUAUUUCAAGACAAAGUGAAUUAGGGUUGGCAUUCCUAGCAGAAGAGCCCACUUCUUGCUUAGUUGAGAUAGUUGAAUCUAGCAUUCGUACCUAAAAAAGAGAGCGGUCCAUUGUGGCGCCCCUUUCCAGUGUUUGACAAUGUGCCAUUUGACAACACAUUUUUUAUAGCUACAUGGAGGGAUCUCUGUGGAUUCAUCACUGUGGUGGUCUCCAUGUCUGCUAGCCAUGUAGGUAAGGGUAGGGCACUUUUAAUUUAAAUGACUUCUUGCACCAUCUUGCCUAAUGGACUAGAUUGGACUGUGUCAACAUUGAUUUACUCCACUCUUUAUGCCUUCCAUUGUGAUGACAUCAAACACAGUGAAAGCCUUCAGUCAUGCUUAUGGGAUUUAAUUGUGUAUCCUCAUUACUGUAUCAUUUGUGGGGUACACCCCUUCCCCUUUUUAAAUUAAAUACAGCUCAUUCUUACUGUGGCUUGUAGCAUUCCUCCUCUCCUGGCCUCCUGGACUGCCCCUCAUCUCUCUGGCCCUCACCCCUCCACCCGGUCCUGGUGGUGGUAUAUUAAACAAGAAAGAAUGAAAGCACACAAAGUGAGUGGGUCUGGGGUCAGUGGUAAAGGGGGUGUGUCGCGAACAAAUGUUUUCAUAACAGUUGGCUGUAAUCACUCCUUGCCGUGUCUGGCACUGAAAAUAAGGGGGAAAAAACUACUACUGAAUAAAAGUGACAAAGAAUGGAGAAUCUGGUUUUCUUUUUCUUUUUCAUCUACCUCUUUAAGCCAAUAUUUUGUGUCAUACCUUUGGAUGCAGUGAAAUGAAAUGAGUUUCCAUUGUUUUGUUGGUAUUUUUGUUAAUUAUUUUUUACAUGGAUGGAGAGGUAUUGGUUCUGUAUGAACAUGUUUUGAAUAUAUAUUGGUAUUACUAAGGAUUUCACAAUCUACAAAUGCUACUAGAGGUUUUUUUUUUUUUUACUGUAGUUACAAGGGUAUUGGAUACAUUGUAUCUACACAGCUCAUUAUCUGUUAAAUGAAAUUGUUGUAAAUGAGAACCAGAUUUGUAGAACUUCAUUUUUAGACUUUUUACAGUGCUUAAUUUCAUAUUUGCCUUAACUAAGUAUAAAUACUAAGUCAAAGACUUAAACUUUUUUAACAAGUUAAAAUCUUUUUGUCAUUCGAUCAUAAAACACAAAACUAUCUACAAGCAAUUUACAGAAAUUGACACUAAAUACUUUAUUUUGUAUUUUAUUGCUAUCAAAGCUGAAUGAAAUGUACUUUGCCAUAGAUGUUUUUCCUCUAUUUUUGGUUUUCCAAAGCUAUUAAUAUUAAAGACAAACUUUAAAGGUACAUGUUAAAAAAGUGCUUAAAGGACUCCAACAGCUGCCUCAAAUAAAAGUUUAGUAUCUGUAUAUGGCUGCAGUUUCCCUAAGUGGUGAUACCUUAUCCAAAGAUGAAGAGUACCGCUAUUUUUAGUAGGUAGAAUGUACCUUUGUCAACCUUACAGAAGCUUUUAUGGAGAAAAAAAUGGACUUUAUUUUUCAAAGAUGAAUUGCGUAGGCAUUUAUAGUUGAGAACGGUUGGUGUGUUGUGGUUGGGCGGGAAUACGAGAGCCCUGAGGUUCAGAGGACUUGAGUGCGGCUUACAUGGCCACUACCUUUUCUGUUCUCAUCAGCGAAAAAUGAGUAAACAAUUCAACCAUAAUUCCUCCUACAUUUAUACAAACACGGUGUCUUGUAAGUUAACAUUUUUAGCACACAGGAGAAAUUUUAUGUAAUAAAAUUACUGUAUCUUUGGACGUAACAAAUCUGAAUUUGUACUUACACAUAUUGAUUAUAUGUGGUAAUUCUGAAAUUAAUGGCACUUUUCCCCACUUGGGGUUCUAGAAUGUGUUUGCAGUUUGUGUUAUUUAUCUUCACCCUUGACCUGGAAGUGGGAUAUUCCCCUGCCAUGGUGUCAGACACUGAUACUCUUGUCUCUAAUUUUCCAGAUGUUUUUAGGAGAUUGUUUUCCUGAACUUUGGGUGGCAGGUCUUGGGCUAACACCACCAGGACAAAUCUUGGAGAUUCCUUUUUGUUCAGCAGUAGCUGUGAUGAUUCUCAUCUGUGACACUAAGGGUUAGUUUUUUAUAUAUAAGAGAAACCGUUAAAAUUAAAAUGCCUCUAUAAUGGAAUGCUAUUACACCUUAUUGUAAAAAUAUUCUCAAGUAUCAAGUUUGAUUUAAUUGGUGUAGCAAACUAUAAACCCAGCCACUUACCUUAUAUGGUCAUGAUUAAUCUUUUUAUUAAUAAAAAUUAGAAUAAACUUAGUCUUGUCAAGUUGCUUGUAUUUGGCUGACACCUACAAACAUACAUACUCUAUUCCUUCUGUCUUAACUUUUUAAAAUUAUGACAGGAAAAAUUACAACUGUUACCUCCUUUGAUCCUUAUUUAGUGGCUGGGUAAUAGUUAUUGUAUAAGUAUCUGUGUAAACAUGUUAUAUAACUACUGGAUACUAAGCUUUCUUCUGUGAAGCUCUCAGUCUUUGGAAUAAAAAAAAUGCAUUGACACUUCA